CCUUCGCAACCACAUCCCACUCGUUCCCACGGCAACCGGAGGGGCGCCCACGUCCCCGCUCAGGACCGCGGGGCCGAGACCCCCCGCCCCACCCCCACCCCCGCGCCCGCGAGCCCCGGCCCCUGCGCGCGCGGAGGGAGGAGGCCAGGUUGCCAAGGAAACGGGCGGACGCCAGCCAGCAGUCCCCACCGCCUCCGCCCCGAGAAACGCCGGCCGCAGCCGCGGAAAGCCGCCUUCCGGGAGGAGGAGGAAGAGGGGCUGGUAAAGGGAGGGGAGACGAGAAAGAAGGAGGAGGAAGAGGAGCACGGGGAAGGCCGCCCGACGAUCGAUGGGCUACUCCUCCGCCUUGGACUAGUCUGCCUGCCCCGCCCUUCGGCCCCUCCCGGGGAGAGAGAACCGACCCGCCAGGUUGGGGAUUAAGAAUCAUGUUGCAUGAAGCAAGGGACAGGCAGAAGUUUGUCAGUGAAGUUCUAUAUCUGCGGCACAUGCAGCAUAAGGUGGACUCUGAAUAUCAGGCUUGUCUGAGACAACAGGAAUACAGAAAAGACCCAAAUGAGAAGAAACGAGAUCAAUCUGGGGGGCAAGAGACAAAUUUUGAGAGAUCCCGGUUUUCAAGCGGCUCAUCUUCUAAACAGAGUUCUGGUGAGGAGGAUGCUCUAGCCGAGCCAAGAUUAUCUACCAAGAAUUCUGUGGUUAAGUGUGAUUCCAAACUUCCAGCAAUUGACCAAACAUCAGUCAAGCAGCAACAUAAAAGUACCAUGACUAUAAGGAAACCAGAGAAAGUGGGCGCCAGCAAACCGUCUUCAGGUGACAGCAGCGAGCAUCCGCUGUUCUGUGUUGAAUAUUCCCCUUACUGCUCCGUCUUUGCUUUCUCCCCUGUCCUGCAGCCCAAUAGUACUUACUGCUGCCUCGUCCUGCCACUAGUGCCACCUGCGACCCCAGUAGCCCAAGACUCUUCGUCCCAUCUCCCUCCAGCUUCCUUGCCCUCCUUCAUGAGACCCACUGCCUCCUCCCUGGACCCUGGACCCGAGUCGCCAGCAGCCCUGUGCUAUUUCCCAGUCUCCUGCCCCACCCAGGGGGAGACCCCAGUGCUGUGCCUACCUGGCCCCAGAAGGCCCAGUAGAAUUUACCUCCUGUGGUAAGUCACCCUCGGCCAGGCACACAGCACAGUCGAGUCAGGGAGAGGAGAACAUCAGGCUUCCAGAAGGCAGGUGGACGGGAAGGGGCCCAGAGGGCAAUGCCACGAACAACCAGCACCGGGAGGGGAGGUGUGCAGGGGAGCAGGAAGACAAGACAGCUGCUGCCACUUCAUUCAGCACCCUUGUAGCACUGCGGAA